UCCUCUGUCUUUGUAUUGCAGACCAGACCAGACCACGGCGAGUACACUUGUAUGCCCUACAUGACAAUCUCACAAACAUGUGCCAGAAUCACAGAGAAUAUUAAUCAUCACUGAUCCAGGUCAUUACUUAUAAAAAAAGUGCUGGCUGGUAAAUGGGGCAUGCAAUGAGGUCUAUAUCUCCCAAGGUCAAGGGGCUUUUGUUGAAGACAGGCAGAUCCUAGCUAGACGGCAGGUUGAUUGCAAAUGAGUUAACUGACUCUGGGGGUGAGACUGGGGAAAUGGGGGUGGUGCACAAGGUGGACAUGCCAUGGGUAGACAUAUGAUUCCAUGACACAGUCAGAUGUGUCAUAUAUGUGUGUACUGUGAUGGCAACUUACCAUGAGGACUCAUCUCAAAUUGAUAUAUCCAAGGAGGAAAAGGAUAAGCUUGUUGCAGAAGUAGUCCGCUAUAUCCUUUUCAAAAUUCAUCAGACUUCUGGUUGUCCCAUCAAAAGGGAUGAACUUACUCAAUUAGUAACUAAAAACUAUCGCCAGAGGGCACUUCCUUCACUUGUUAUAAAUGAGGCCAGAGAGAAGCUCUCAAGCAUUUUUGGUUAUGAAAUGAAGGAACUUCAACGAGCUCGCCCUUCAUCAACAAAUCAGGGUCGUUUGUCACAACAGAGUACUGCUGAAGCCAAAUCAUAUGUUAUUUUUAGUCAGCUACCUGCAGAUGCAUACAGAAAUUACAUUGAGGAUACACAGAAUUCACAUCUGACUGGUUUUACCUUUGCUGUUGUCAGUAUUGUACAUCUUGAAGGGGGCAAAAUUUCAGAAGACAUUCCAGAGAAUCUGUGGCAUCAUUUGAGGCGCUUAGGAUUAUUUGAAACUGAUGAAAGUCAUCCAGUUCUUGGAAAUAUCAAGCAGGCACUGGAGACACUUGUCCAACAAAGGUACUUGCAGAAGAACAAAGUUAAUGGGCCAGAAGGCAAUACCUUGUUUUAUGAACUUGCAGAGAGAGCAUUAGAUGGCCCAGUUAGCCAGAGAGUGAGAGAACACAUAUCACAGAUUGUGAAGAAAGAUGCUGCUUCCACGGAAAUUGACUGACAUUCCAUCUUCGAUUCAUAGGUUGCAAAUUGUUCGGUCAUUAUCUGAGGUAGAUGUUGAAAAUACAACUUGGAUAUUUAUCCCUCUUCACUUAAUAUAUUUGUAGAGAGCAAUCUGAUUACUCACUUUUUAAAGCAUCCUCUUGGUCCAGUCCAGCAGUAUGUUUAGUAGAAGCAAGCAAUGUCAUUGUAUAUAACACUAGAAGACUAGUGUCAAAUGUAGAUCCUAUGGACAUGAACACCAAAAGACAAGUGCCAAAAUUUUCAACAUCCUACUACAUUGUAGCUCUUCAACUAGACAAGCAACCAACUGGACCUUCUACCAGAACUCGAAUGUAUUUAUUAUACUUGCACGUUUUAUCGAGGCCGUGUUGUGUUUUUCAAUUGAGAAGAAUUCUUGCUGGCUCUAUGGGCUGAUUUGAUGCUACGGAAGAUACCGUACGUCCAUACCUACUAAAGAUGAGGACACUAGAACUAGCGAGUAUCUCUUUUUAUAAGUGGAACAAAUGAUAUGGAAGAGUAAGAUGUAUUGUCUAUAGAUACACUCUACAUCAAUUGAACAUUCACAAUUGCAUUUA